AUGGAGACCAAUUCCUCUCUUCCCAUGAAUGUGUCCGGAGGGAUCCAAGCUCAAUCUUCCAGCUACGCUGCCCUGGACAUCUUCUCUCAGGUCAUAUAUGGGAUCACCUUUGUCCUCGGCAUUCUCGGCAAUGGGCUUGUGAUUUGGGUGGCCGGCUUCCGGAUGAAACACACAGUCACCACCAUUUCUUACCUGAACCUGGCCUUAGCUGACUUCUCCUUCACUGCCACCUUGCCAUUCACCAUGGUCUCUCAAGCCAUGGGGAAACAAUGGCCUUUCGGUUGGUUCCUAUGCAAGCUCAUUACCACUGUGGUGGACAUAAACCUAUUUGGAAGUGUCUUUCUGAUUGCUCUUAUCGCUCUGGACCGCUGUAUUUGUGUCCUGCACCCAGUCUGGGCUCAGAAUCAUCGCACUGUAAGUCUGGCCAAGAAGGUGAUCCUUGGGCCUUGGAUUAUUGCCCUCCUCUUCACCCUGCCAGUUAUCAUCCGUAUGACUACCGUGUCUACUCCCAAAGGGACU